AUGAAGCUUUUUCCCCGUCUCUACUUGGCCAGUACAUUGCUAAUCCCCUCGGUGACAGCCACUUUGCCAAUCGUUCACUCAAAAGCUGGUAUCAUCCAUGGUCGUCACCUCCCGGAAUUCAAUCAGGAUGUCUUCCUCGGUAUCAAAUAUGCACCUAAGCCAGUGCGAUUUGCUCCAGCGGAAUUGAUCAGGGAUGCGCCAGACAGGAUUGUCAAUGCGACGCAAUUUGGUCUCGAUUGCAAGGGCUACGGCUCAGAUACAGAUCGCCUCGUUGCAGCCAACUGGACGAGGAUGGGCGAAGACUGUCUCCAUCUUAAUAUCGUUAAACCUGUGACCAAUGAAACGAAUCUCCCUAUUUUGCUCUGGAUAUAUGGCGGUGGAUGGCAACAGGGCGCGACGAGUGAUCCACGCUACAACAUGUCCUACCUCGUCCAACAAUCCACCCUCAACCGCAAACCCAUCAUUGGCGUCUCAAUCAAUUACCGCAUGGCCGCUUUUGGCUUCAUCUCCUCUACCGCCAUCAACGCCGCCGGCGCCCAAAACCUCGGGCUCCGUGACCAACGUCUCGCCUUGCAAUGGGUGCAGCGCCACAUUGCUUCCUUUGGCGGAGAUCCCGCCAAAGUAACCGUCUGGGGCGAAUCUGCAGGAGCCUAUUCAGUCGGCGAUCACAUCAACGCUUUCGACGGCGCAAACGACGGACUCUUUCGCGCUGCCAUUUUGGAGAGCGGAGGCGCAGUUGGCCCACCGUUAAACGGCACGGAUUGGUACGAGAAAAUGUACAACAACCUCACUGCGAGUGUGGGCUGUGACGUUGCAAACAAUACACUGCAAUGCCUUCGCGACGUUGCAUAUGAAGAAAUCGCACCGCAUGGUAAUCAAGGCCUCGAAUGGUUCCACGUCCUCGACGGCUCGUUGAUCCCCCGUCCAGCCCAGAUGUCGCUGCACCAAGGCAGGUUUGCAAAACUCCCAAUCAUCCUCGGCACAAACACGGAUGAAGGCUUCGGUGUCACGGGCGUAGAUACAGACGAUCAAGCUCUCACACAGCUCCAGGCUUCCAAGCGCUGGAAUGUGAAUGAAACCGUGGCCCGUCGUCUGCUGGCUCUGUACCCGAAUGACCCGGCCCAGGGCUUGCCGUAUGGCUGGGGGAAUCGAACGUGGCCGGAGAAUGGGCUGCAGUGGAAGCGGUAUCAGAGUAUAGCGACGGACUUGACAAUGUUUGCGCCGAGGAGGUUGCUUGCGGAGAGGAUGAGUGGGUAUGUGGACGAGGUGUAUAGUUAUCGGUGGGAUGCGCCAAAGUACAAUAAUACGCCUGCUAGUAUUGGGGUGAAUCAUUUUUCAGAGAUCCCCUUUGUCUUCGGCAACCCCACACAAACCAUCACCCCCCUCGGCACAAACCCAGCCAACCUCGCCCUCUCAAACCUAGUCAUGCGCAUGUGGACAUCCUUUGCAUAUAAUCUCGAUCCAAACCUACAUGGACCUGGGAGUAAAGUCAAGGGGAUACCGCACUGGCCCCAAUACGGCAAAAAUGUAACGAAUUUUGUGUUUCGUACGGAUAGGAGUUAUGUUGAGCCGGAUGAUGAUAGGCUCGAGGGCGUGGCGUAUAUUAAUACGCUGGUCAGAUGA